ACGACGGAACCCUUCAAGAAACAAUUAAUCACCAAAGCGUCCAUUCUACAGCCGCGCGAGAUCUCAUCUCGGCUUCUCCGCCGCCACCGCCGCCGGGGCCAUGACUCCCUCCCCGUCCUCCGCCGGCGCGGGCGCCGCCUCGCCCUCCGGCUCCGCCUCGGCGUCGGCCUCUAACCCCACCCCUUCCUGGUGGGAGUCCGUCUCGCAGGCGCGCUCCCGCAUCCUCGCGCUCUCCUCCAUCCUCCCUCCGCCCGCCGCCCACGACAUCGCGGCCCUCGCGGACUCCGACCACCCGGCCCGCGCGCUCCUCCGCUCUCCCGAUGCCUACGCGGCGCUUUCUGGCGCGCUCCGUUCGGGGGGAGGCGCCGACGACCCCGCCUGCCACUGGCUCUACGACACGCUCCUCUCCGCAGAUCCCGACCUCCGCCUCGCUGCGCUCGCCUUCCUGCCCCUCCUCGCGGCGCUCUACCUCCGCCGCUUGCCGCCCGAGCUCCCCUCCUCUCUCUCCGGCUUCGAGGCCGUCCUUCUCGCGGUCUACUCCUCCGAGGCCAAGAACCGUCAGGGGAAGCCCGUCCUUGUCCAGGUGCCCGACCUCUCCGUCCCCUCUCUGUACCAUACGCCGGCAUCCACCCCCAGCACCAGGUCUCCUCGCCGGCCGCAGCCGCCGCCUAUUCCUCCUCCGUCGGCGACGCCGGUGGUGGGGGUGCUGUCGCCGCCGCUGGAGCCACAGGCGGCCGUGAAGUCGACCAAGCGCGCGGGGAUUAUCGGAGUCGCUUUCGAGGCGUACCACUCCAAGAUUUCGCAGAUGCCGGCUGCUUCCAAGGUGGAUGCCUGCAGUGCCGUGGCGGCGUGGGCGGGGCAGUACUGUAAAUGCCGUUUUGAGCUUGAUGAGAAGGAGUUGGAGGAAGAGGAGGGGGAUUCUUUUGAGUCCAUGUCGCCAAUGUCGUCUGAGGCUGAGAAUGGGAAGGAAUUGGAGGAGGAAUUGGCUAGGAUGCGUGUCAAUGGAGACAGCAGUGGGCGGAAUUGCGGCAAGGAGGAGGUGAAGGAGGCGAGGGUGCCACUCCCGUGGGAGCUGCUCCAGCCGGUGAUGAGGGUUCUUGGGCACUGCUUGCUUGCACCCCUGAACCCACCGGAGGUGCGGGAUGCCGCAGCAGAAGCCGUGAGGGUUGUCUAUGCUCGCGCGUGCCACGACCUUGUGCCACAGGCAAUCUUAGCAGCCCGAAGCUUGAUUGAGCUUGACAAGAGUGCACGAAAGGCUUCCAAGGCAGCAGCUGCAGCAGCUUCCGGCGCAACUGUGGCAUCUGGCACAGCCGGGAGUACUGCGUCGAGCUCUAGGCCAAGUUCAAAGCCAAACACACCAAGCAAGCAGCGGAAGCCAGACAUGCUGCUUGUGUCCAAAUGAGGUCAACUGCACUACAACCAGUAAGAGUGUUCAUGGUGAUGGUAAAUAGUUGAUUUCUGAUGAGUCAUGAGUGUGUGUGUCACUAAAUAUUGGUGAAAGCCUAUUAGACCUUGCUAUGAGACGGAAGAACAUUACUAUGGCUUGAAGGCACUUGGUUCUAGUAGACCUUGCAAUGCGUAAAAACAUUACUAUGGCUUGGCAGCAGUUGAUUAAGUAUGUUGCCAACUUGGUGUUGUAUGUUAACUUAUUUAUGUUACUUGUUGCAUAUAGUUCACAAAUCAACAAUUUUCAUGA